GCUAUUUGUGGUUCACUUAAUUAUUUAUUCCCGCGUCUAUAAACAUGAUUAAGAUUAUUAUCUGAUUGUUUCCGCUUAUAGUUUAUCGUGAAAUUCGAUUAUGUGCAGUUUUAUGAUUUUGUAAAUGUGUGAGGAUGUCACUUUAAGAAAUCCGACGCGGAACCGUGAACUCGUGUUACACACUCUGGCUAUCGUUUAUUCAGAGCAAGUGCACGCGCCUGAUGCCAAAUCAUAUUGUUGCUGUUGUUACAACAUAACUAAUGUGCAUUUGCAAUGUUCCUCUUCCUUUAUUCUUGAACCAUGAACAGGUCCCUACUCAAGCGAUCCAGAAUAUUAAGAAUGGCUUUCUCAGACACCACUCGGUCGGAAAAAGACGAACCCUUUAUCCUGAGAGCCACCAAAAUCGCAGUGGUCGUCACUCUUUACUGGUUAAUCUCGAUUUCCAUGGUUUUCCUGAACAACUACCUGUUAGACAACAAGGAGCUGGACGCGCCUGUCUUCAUCACAUUUUUCCAGUGUGUUGUUACCGUCGGACUGUGUUGGAUCUUAAAAUUUCUCUCAAAAUUGUGUCCGGGAUUCGUGGAUUUCCCGUCUUUGAAAUUUGAUUUCAGAGUGUCCCGAGAGAUUUUGCCGCUGACUGUCGUGUUCAUCGGCAUGAUCACAUUCAACAACUUGUGCCUAAAAUACGUGGGAGUUGCCUUCUAUACCGUUGGCCGGUCGCUUUCCACGGUGUUUAACGUGCUUUUGUCCUACGCGGUUCUGAAGCAAACCACGUCUCUCUACGCGGUGCUGUGUUGUGGAGUCAUUCUCGGUGGAUUCUGGCUGGGUGUGGACCAAGAAUCUGUGGCAGGUUCCCUUUCUUGGACAGGCGUCGUUUUCGGCGUAGUUGCCAGUCUCUGUGUAUCUCUCAAUGCCAUCUACACGAAAAAAGUGAUGCCGGUGGUGGAUGGAAAUAUCUGGAAGCUCUCCUACUACAACAACCUCAAUGCCAUUGUACUUUUUAUUCCACUUAUUGCCAUUUUAGGCGAACUGAAAAGCGUGUUGGAGUUUAACCGACUGACACAUUUAAAUUUUUGGGGCAUGAUGAUUUUGGGUGGAGUCUUUGGCUUUGCCAUCGGUUACGUCACAGCACUUCAGAUCAAAUUCACCAGUCCAUUGACACACAAUGUGUCUGGCACAGCCAAAUCCUGCGCACAGACCGUGCUGGCGGUCGUCUACUCGGCCUCCAGUAAGAGUGCGCUCUGGUGGACAAGCAAUAUGAUGGUGCUGGUCGGAUCCUCCGCCUACACCUGGGUCAAAGGACUCGAGAUGAAGAAAGUUGAAGUGCCUCCGGAAACAGAGACCACAAGCAGUCUGAAAAGUAAAGAGGAUUCUAUGGUGUGAAAAAUGCUUUUGGAGCAACUUUAUUGUAGAGACUGUCUGUACAGCACAUCUAUAUAAACAUAGGUGUAUUUAUGGGCAUUUGAAUGUUUGAUGUAUAUACACUUACUUUGUGUAAAUGAUAAUUAUUAAAACUUGUUUAACAAAACUCUACUUGUUUGAUAACACGCUAUUUUGAAACUUCAUUACUUUGACCCAGAAUUAAUUGUUAAAGAUGUUGCAAAGACUCUUCCUGUCUAAAGGAGGAUACAAUGUGUCUCUAUUCAGAUGAGGAGUAACCAGAUUGUGUUUCAGAUUAAAAGACAAAGAGAUAGAACAAGAUUAACCUGUUUAUGGUGUGACAGACAGGAGCCUUUAAGUUCAUCUGCAUGCAGCUUGAGUGGAAAUACAUUGUUUGUGUUCCUGUUAUAGGAUACUGGAGCUCAGAUUCUAGCUAAUGUGUGCCUAUGUAGAGUGUAACUGUCACAUAUGCAGUCACAUGGGAAAAUACUUUCAUUGCCUAACCUAAUUGAUGUACAAUCCAUGAUUCCUAGUUUAAUAUUUAUCUAAUGUGUACUGCAGGAGUGUCUGAACCUGUUCCUCUAGGGCCAUUAUCAAGCAGAGUUUAGCUCCAGCCCUUAAUUAAACACACCUUAACCAGCUAAUCAAGAUCUUCAGGAUCACUAGAAACUUGGAGCUAAAGUGGCCUGAAACCAAGGAUCCUUCAAACUGGAAUGGCCUUUGAUGCUGCUUUCAGACAGACCAUGGUAAAAUGUUAAAUGAA